AAUGAAGUGUGUGUUGUAUCUCAACCAGCCCCUAAAACAUUAGACAUGAGUGUACGUGGUGAUACCUAUUAGGUUCAUUGGCCAUGCUAUUUUUAUAUUGGGAUGGAGAGAGAGAGAGAGAGAGAGAGAGGGGGGGGGGGACUGGUCUCCACUCCUCCUAAGAGCAUUACGAGUGCAUUUGUUUGUGACAUUAGCAGAGUGUGCUGUCACUGUCAUAUGGCAAGCCAAGGCAGCCUCAACUGGUUUAGAGCAGAGACGGUUAUUCUGGAUCGCAACUGUUCACCCUCCACUGUUCCCAGCAGAGUCCUGGGCUUAAUCCUGAGCGGAACGCAGCCUGUCACAGAGCUUUCUUCUCCAGCUUCUUGUUCGUUAAUGGAGUUCCGGCAGGGCAGCGGUGAUUACUGCCACGCCCAACAUCGCAAUGCUUGAUCACGGGUGGAUAUGCCCGAAAUCUGCCACUGAAUGUUCGGAGAAAACGCCUUCUCUGCUUUUCUCUUGCUGGUCUUUCUGACUGAUCACUUUGCUGUGCGCCAAAUGGGUUAAUUGGCAUCGUGGCACCUGGCAUUUAGCUACCGGACACUGUUCCACCCGUCUAGCUGCCCGGCAGAGUAUCCCUAUCAAGAGGAAGAGGCAGAUUUGUUGGAAGAGGAAGACUUUGUGGCCUCUAUUUACCAAGAAAGGCAGCUUUCAAUUUUAUGUACUGAUUAGAAGUGAUUUAUCACAGAGGAUCCUGCAAAUCCCUGACACCUUCACUGUGAUAGUGCAUCUGCUGUAGAACUGCUCUAGGUCAGAGUAGUGCCAUACUGUGAGUGGAGCUGUGUGGAUCCUGGCCUGGAUUGGGUGCUCUUUUCUUCUGUAGAGUGGAGGGACACCAGCAUGGCCAAGAUGAACCGUCCGGCUCCUGUCGAGGUCUGCUACAAAAACAUGCGCUUCCUUAUCACGCACAACCCAACCAAUGCAUCACUAAGCAGCUUCAUUGAGGAUCUGAAGAAGUAUGGGGCAACAACAGUGGUGCGUGUGUGUGAAAUCACCUACGAUAAGACACCGCUGGAAAAGGAUGGGAUUACUGUUAUGGAUUGGCCUUUCGAUGACGGCGCACCUCCUCCUACCAAGAUCGUGGAUGACUGGCUUAGUCUGCUGAAGAAUAAGUUCUGUGAGGAUCCAGGCUGCUGUGUGGCUGUGCAUUGUGUGGCCGGACUGGGCCGGGCUCCAGUGCUGGUGGCUCUGGCACUUAUAGAGAGCGGAAUGAAAUAUGAGGACGCCAUUCAGUUGAUCAGACAGAAACGCCGGGGCGCCAUCAACAGCAAGCAGCUGACGUACCUGGAGAAGUACCGCCCCAAACAGAGACUGCGUUUCAAAGACCCACACAACCACAAAAGCAAGUGCUGCCUCAUGUGAUCCGGUCUCACCAGCCUGCCACUGAAGGAACCAGUCACUCAUGGACUAAACCAGACUAAAAUUACCAAUCUAGUGCAUUU